AUGAAUGCGUUCAAAGCAUACAAGGCAUGUGUCCCAAUUGCUUAUAGCCCCAAUCUAUACAUUACUCUGGUGAGGGGUAUUCCGGGGACGAGGAAGCAACACAGGCGCACUUUGGAAGCAUUACGUUUGGGCAAAUGCAACCGAACUGUCAUGCGAUGGAACACACCUACUGUUAGGGGAAUGAUCCAGCAGGUCAAGAGGUUAGUUGUUGUUGAGACAGAGGAGAUGUACAAGGGCCGCAAACAGAAGGAGGAAAACCACCGAGCUCUCCGUCCUCCAUUGGUCAUAAACCAUCAACCUGCUCCUGCUGAGGGUGCCUUGUAA